GAUGUCUGCAUUCUGAUUUCAUAAUUUUUAGUUAAUACGUUACGAAUCUAAUACUUUACAAAUAGAUCCUGGAAUAACCCUGUAUUGGCCGCACUAAGCACAAUCGACGCUAUUUCAUAGCAUUCUUUGGCCUCUAAAAGAACUAGUCAGGCUUCUGUUUUGCUAAUGGAACUAUAGAUGCUGAAGUUCCGUUCGUCAUCCUUGGAAAAUCUCCUCUUCGGGCAAAAAUCUCCGGAGGUGUUAUGGCAGCUUUUACUAGUGGCGAAGUUACGAGAUACCCCAUCUGAUCGACAAUUAUGACUGGGCUUCCCUCAACUCACAAUUUGGUACUAUCGUGAACGUCGGCGGUUCUCAUGGGCUUGUUUGCAAAGAACUAGCCAAAAUAUAUUCUAAUUUCAAUUUCAUCGUCCAAGAUCUAUCAGCAACAAUAGAAAGUGCUGCACAUGAUGCGUCCCUAUACAACCAGAAUCAGAUAUAUGGCCCAUGAUUUUCUUAGUGUCGAAAACGCAGGCGUAUAUCCAUUCCGCUGGAUCAUGCAUAACUACAGCAAGGAAUUCCCCGCAAAUAUUUUGUGCCAGCUCAAACCCGCAUCCAAGGGGGGAGUCAGACUCCGCAUUAACGAUUAUUGUCUAGCUGACGCUUGGAAGAGCCCUGUAGGACCGGAGGAAAAGGCCAUGAGGCCUAUGGGGAUAGAAAUAUUGGCAUUGGCGAAUGCCCAUGAAAGAGGGAGUGAUUGGGUUGAGUUAUUCAGUGAAGUCAAGGGUUCUCGAUUUUUGGGUAUGAAGAGACCAGUCGGAUGUAGAAUGAGCUUAAUUGAGGCCGUUCGGGAAGGAGAGGAAAAUUGAAUCGGUUAUGAAGGAUAGGAAAGCAAAGCUGGCUAGUGGUAAUGAUCUGCCAGCCAGGUAACUCCGUUAUCCAUUCGGUUUUCAGAAAUCAACGCGGGAGCACUCGCUUGAGGUGUUCAUCCGAUUUUAAAUAGGUACCAAUAAUAAAUAUCCUCAAUGACGCAAAUGCAUGAUAUAAGGCAGAGAACAAAAACGCAAAAAGGAUGACAAUGCAGCCCCUAAACAUUUGGAGCCUG